CUGACCAGGAAGCGGAACCGGAAGAAGAAGCGAAAGCAGCAUUGGGAUCGCAGCAGUGAUGAUGGCGGUGAGGGGUUUAGUGUUUAGAUGGGUUACAGGGGACAUCAGCAAAACACACUAUCUGACGAACAGAUUGACGCUCCAGACGCAGCAGAGGUGUGGCUUCCGCAAGGUAGCGAAGAAGGGCGAGCCGAAGAAGGGCGUGGCGGAAGAAGCAGAGACGAAUGAAAUCUUACACAAGAAGGACGUGGCUCCGCCCCUAGACCCGCCCAUCCCACACACACCUCACACACCCAGCCGGUCGUUUGGCAGACUGGUCAAACCAUUUGUCUUCACCAUAGGGUUUACAGGUUGUUCAUUCGGUGGAGCAGCAAUAUGGCAGUACGAAAGUUUAAAAUCUCGUGUACAGAGUUACUUUGACGAUGUCAAAGCGGAUUGGCUGGAGAAGAUACGGCCUCAGAAACAAGGAGAUUUACGCAAACAGGUAUGUGUGUGUGUGUGUGUGUUUAAUGGAAUAUUUGUUUUCUUCCAUGUGUGUUUAAUGAACAUUUUGUUGUCUGGUAUUCUGCAGGUGAAUCAGUGGUGGAACAAUUUAAGUGAAGGACAGAAAACAGUCACAGGCAUCAUUGCAGCGAAUGUAUUGGUGUUUUGUUGUUGGAGAGUUCCCUCUCUGCAGCGCUUCAUGCUCAAGUACUUCACAUCUAACCCUGCAGCCAAGGCGCUGUGUUGGCCCAUGCUGCUGUCUACGUUCAGUCACUAUUCUCUCUUUCACCUGGCGGCCAACAUGUACGUGCUGUGGAGUUUCUCUUCAAGCAUCAUCAACAUGAUGGGCAAAGAGCAGUUUGUGGCAGUCUACCUGUCUGCAGGUGUGAUUUCUACGUUUGUCAGUUAUGUGAGUAAAACAGCGAUGGGUCGGUUUGGUCCAUCACUGGGGGCGUCAGGGGCCAUCAUGACCGUCCUAGCAGCGGUGUGCACCAAAAUGCCUGAAGCCAAACUGGCCAUCAUCUUCCUCCCAAUGUUCACCUUCACUGCCGGAAACGCGCUGAAGGCCAUCGUGGCCUUGGAUGCGACAGGCUUGAUUCUGAGAUGGCGUUACUUCGAUCACGCCGCUCAUUUAGGUGGAGCUUUAUUCGGCAUCUGGUACAUACUUUAUGGGCACGAGCUUAUUUGGAAGAACCGAGAGCCGCUGGUGAAGUUGUGGCACGACUUCAGAUCGGGAGGACCGGGAGCUGGCGGCAACGGCUCGAUUUAGAGCAUUGCAUUGUGGGUAGACACUGAGCAGGUGACCUGAAGAGGAAAUGGACACACGUGUUUAUACGGGGUCUGUUUUCAGUUGUCACUGAGUGACGGUAGUAUUGCGGUGAUGUCAUUAUGCCCCGCCCCCUUGUUUAAAUUUGAAUCCAGGUAGCUCCACCCACUUUUCUAAAAAAUGCAAACGAUCUGGAGGGGCGGAGCUUCAGCAAACAGCUCAGCUCUAAGGUGGUGCGGGCCACUCAACAACACCAUGUACAGAAAUUUAAACGUUUAAAAUAGUCUGUAAUUGUCAUUUAAAAAAUAAAAUGAUUAUUUAAAAUUAAA